GACGUGUCAAACUGCGAUAGUAUACAUAUAAUGUGGCGAACAUGCUACAACCGUCCGUGAAGAAAGUGAAACUGAAACGAAAAUGAAGUUAACCCCGCGGCGUUUCGAUCUAUUAUAGAAACGAAUAAACAAUCGGUUACUUAUCUCUCUGAAAAACAAUAGGACGAUAAAGCGUCGCUGAAUUUAUACACCGUGGCCGCGUACAAAUACGCUACGAUGAUGGUGUGGAGCGAGGUUACUGGGAUGGAUUAGGACAACGCAAAACACAAAGUAAAAGACUAUCAAGAAGAGAGGUUGUGUCUCACUUGUUUUCUCUCCUGUUAUGAGCGUGGCGCGCGUGAAUUAGAUACGAAUCUACGUGAUAAUUUCAAUUUCGGCUUUUUUUUUCAAAUUUUUUGUGUCUGCAAUUUUUUUGUAUUGAAAAAAUAAUAAAAAGUGUUGUAAUCAACACGACGAGGGAUAAUUUUACAUUGGUUAUAGAAAGUAACUAAAAGUCGUAAAUAAUGUCGAAUUGAGCAAGUUUAUAUCGGUUACGGUUCGAGUUUCUUAAUAAUACAAAAUCGAAAUGGCGCUACUCGAAGCAAGGCCUUUUAGACCGUUCAAAUCUAGCGAAGAGUAUCUCUACGCGAUGAAAGAAGAUUUGGCAGAAUGGUUGCAAACUAUGUAUCCACAUCUGAAUAUAGCUGUCGAUAAUUUUAUGGAAAAAUUGGAGACUGGCGUGGCCUUAUGUGAGCACGCGAAUGCGGUAAAAGCUCAAGCUCAAGAAUAUGCGGAGAGGAAACAAGCAAAGAAAAUUAUGACGAGAUCUGUGACCGGUUCUCUCGCAGUUGCCCAAGCACUCAUACAAAUAGUAGACGUCAAAUAUUUCAACACGGCCAAACCAGGCACGUUUUUCUCAAGAGACAACGUCAGCAACUUUAUCAAUUGGUGUCGUAAUUCCUUGAAAAUAAUUGAAUGCCUGUUAUUCGAAACAGACGAUUUGAUAAUGCGAAAAAAUGAAAAACAUGUAAUUCUAUGUUUAUUGGAAGUUGCCAGGAGAGGUGCCAAAUUUGGUAUGUUGGCACCAAUAAUAGUCCAAAUGGAACGACAAAUCGAUAGAGAAAUAGCAGCCGAUCAAAGGAAAUCAGGUGUAAAUUUCAACGAAGGAUUAGACAACCAUAAUGGUAUUGACGACGAUAGCGAUAGCGAUAUAGAAGACGAAGAAACCGUUCUUAUGUACGGACCUAUGCCACAAAUCAUUACCAACGACCUCAAAAGCUUGGAUGAGAUGGUUAGGGAUUUAGUUGAAAAAUGUACCUGCCCCACCCAGUUUCCCAUGAUAAGGGUAUCUGAAGGAAAAUAUAGGAUUGGAGAUACCAAAGUACUUAUUUUUGUUAGGAUUCUCCGUAAUCACGUGAUGGUUAGAGUCGGAGGGGGAUGGGAUACACUGUCUCAUUAUUUGGAUAAACACGAUCCGUGUAGAUGUAGAACGCAACAUAGAACUACCCAAGGAGCGAAAUUGGUAAAUAAACCAGGAGCAAUAGAUUUACAUGGAUCCCAUGUUUACUAUGAAAGAUCACAAGCAACAAAUAACGACUCAUUCAAUGUAUGCAACGGUUCCAGUGGUCCUCAUUCUUUAGGUCCCCCGAUGAAUUCUAUAAAUCGAUCUCGAUCUCGUUCACCUAAGAGAUCACUCAGUCCGAAUCUUUCUACGAGAAGAUCCCUGGCGCCGCCUUUAAACAGGUCUAGAAGUCCUACACCGAAUUACACGUCAAAUUUUAAUACGAAACUUUCAUCGAAUAGAAGUCCACAACAUAAAAAUAAUUAUGGUCCACAAUCUUUGCCAAUAUCACUCAAUAGCUAUCGGCCUAAAAAUAUUGUCAGUAGUAUGCAAAUUCCAGUAGAUUCCAAGGUUCUAAAAUCAGAAGUUAGUUUACACGUAAAUGAUACAGAUCAUAGCGACACUACUUCAGAAAUGUCCGAUGAAGGUUACAGAAGCUUAGGUCUUAUACACGAUAGAACCAAACAAAGAUCAUCUCUUUAUAGUCAAAAUUCCACAGAAGAUGCUGAAGAAACUGAGCAUCAAGUUUAUACAGACGACGAUCUUAACGAAUUUGGUCUUAGAAGAACCCACUUUUCGCAAAGAAUUUAUGGGAAUGAUAUGAAAACUACAUUAGAAAAGAAUCUCCAAUCGAUGGAAAAACUUUCGGAAUCUUCAAGUACCUCUCCCGAAACGACAACUCACGAAACGUUAAUUAAAAAGAAAGAAAAAUCAUUUUCCUUGACCAAGGACGACGCACAAAUUAAGAAGAAAUCUUUUAGUAGAACCAACAGUGCAGAAGUUAAAGGAGACAUUCAAAUUCAGAAAAGUCCAAAGAAAACACCGUCCCAAGUCAGAAAGGGUGAUUCUAGGAUUAACACAUGGAGUGGAAGACCUCGACAAUCCAGACCGAGCAUUGGACAAGAUACUUUCGUCCAACCGUUUGCUAGAAACUCACCAGUGCGAAGAAGCGUCUCGGGUCUAACAGAACGAAGAUCUUCAUCUACAAAUACAUCCCCUACAAAAACUAAAUUAAAACAGGAACUUCUACAAGUCGUAUCCCAAGCAAGUUCAGAUGAAGAUGCAGCAUUGCAAGUCCAAAUAUUGCUCAAGAAAUUCGGCAGUUUAAACACUCUAAACGACGAGGACAAAUAUACAUCAUUGGGUCCGAUAAGAAAUUCGCCGGAAAGAAUGUCAAUUAGAAGCCCCAGAAAGGAUUCUCGACCUGAAAAUCAUAUUUCGAGAAUACCGGCUCCGAAAGCUACAAAAUUAUAAAUUUAAACACAGAAUCAAUAGAAAAUAUCAAUUUGAAUAAUUGUUUAUGAAAUAUUUAUGUUGAUAUUUUGAUGUGAAAAUGAAUAAUCUAAUCUAAUCUAACCAGUCCAAACCAAACCAAACUUAUAUCUCCCUGUACAGGCUGGAUGUGGUUCAAGACCGUAAUUCUAAACAAAUUCCCUCUGGAAUUUCCUAUGCAAUAACUAUCAUUUGAUCAUAAAAGCAUUUAUGGUCCAGGAAAAAAUAGGGCCACCACUUUUUUGGACUUUAUUCCAUUCGUAUAUGUGGGUAUAAAUUGGUCAAAUCGUUUCAUCGGAUAUGAACUAAAAUUGUUUAAAUCGAGAUUCUUUUUGAAAUACCAAUUCGCGAAUUUUGGGGCCUUAGAACACAUUAAAACUGUAUUAUUGUCAUUUAAUUAGACCACAAUUCUCAAGAAAAUGAAUGUUUAUAAUCUAUAGAGGUGGUUUUUUUUAUAAUUUACUUUAUUCCCUCAAUAUAUCAAAAAAUAUAAUUUUUUUUCACAUAUUGUUGAUCAUAAUUCAAUUUUUUUACCCUAAUUGAACGAAGGAUUCAUGACUAUGCAAAAAAUAGCUCUGUUUGAAAAAACUAACUUUUCUUUUUCUAUAAAGAAAUUCACCAUGAGUCUCAUGAUAUUGUCAACCAAACCGCAUGUUAAUUUUUUUACCUUCACGCCCUUUUAACCUUGAAAGUUUCUCUUAAAACGUGGUGUCUCUACUCCUACAGGACUUUUUGUUAAUUUUAUUCAAGUUAUGUUCUCAAUAUAUCAAAAAAUAUAAUUUUUUUUCACAUAUUGUUGAUACCAAUUCAAUUUUUUUAUCCUAAUAGAACGGAGGAUUCAUGACUAUGCAAAAAAUAGUUCUGUUUGAAAAAACUAACUUUUCUUUUUCUAUAAAGAAAUUCACCAUGAGUCUCAUGAUAUUGUCAACCAAACCGCAUGUUAAUUUUUUUACCUUCACGCCCUUUUAACCUUGAAAGUUUCUCUUAAAACGUGGUGUCCCUACUCCUAAAGGACUUUUUGUUAAUUUUAUUCAAGUUAUGUUCUCAAUAUAUCAAAAAAUAUAAUUUUUUUUUCACAUAUUGUUGAUCCCAAUUCAAUUUUUUUAUCCUAAUAGAACGGAGGAUUCAUGACUAUGCAAAAAAUAGCUCUGUUUGAAAAAACUAACUUCAUUUUUUCCCUUCACGCCCUUUUAACCUUGAAAGUUUCUCUAAAAACUGAAAAUGUUUCAACUUUAGUUGCAGUUGGGUUAAAUCAAGAUUAUAUACUGAAAUUACUUCAAUUAACAUGUAACAAGUUUAAUAUUUUUUUUUAUUUUCCAUAUAUAGAAUCAUAAUAAUAAUAAUAAUCCAACUAUUUCUUGGAAUAUCAAAGAAAUAAUAUGCCCUUCACUAUAAAUAUCAACAUAUUUAUUUUAUUUAGUACUCGUUUGCAUUAAAUGCAUUUAAUAUUAGCGUAAUAUACUUUUUUGAAUUAAAUUUUAUGCAAAUACACCCAUUAAUGUAUACCACAUUUUGCUCUAACGAGUUAUGUUACAUAAGUUUUUGUUAUUUUGUUUAGAUAUUUAGAAAGAAAAAACAAAGUUUCGCUUUAUUUAAGUUGCCUAUAUGUACCUCUAUCAAGAGGCUUUAAUUUUUAUAUAAAUACCUACCCCUACUUGUUUAAAAAUUCCUAUGGUGCUAUUUUUUUUCAUUAGGUAGGUAGAUAAGUUAGAUCUAGAUUUUUUUAUAUAGAAACGAUACUGACAUUAAUAAAAUAUACAUAGUGUGAACAAAAAUGGCUUAUUACUUGACAAUAAACUAAAAAGCUUUUUAUUCUAGAAAGCUUUUAAUUGCUAAAGCUUAAAACUUCACUUCUACUAGUUAUUAGUUUAAUUAAUAUCAAAAUUUCUUUAUUAUCCAUUUAAAUAUAUUCUUCAUUAGUGAUCUGUUUCAUAUCAGUUUAAAAUUUGCAAUUUUAUUCAAUAUUUUCAUUUAUAUUAAGGAAAGUUUUCAAUCAUCAAAACUAAUAGUUUUUCAAAAUAGAAAUUUCAAGAGAUGAUCAGUUUUGAAGUAGCUUGGACCCUUUCUGAUAAAAUGACUUCAAAAUAUGUUCUUGGUAGCUGCACUGGAACUGUACUGAACUGAACCAGUGCAGGCCAAUUCAUGAGUUCAUGAGAAUUAGUUCGAUGAGAUACAAAGAACAAUAUAGUUUGUAGUAUUUACAAUAAUGGAAAACGAUUGAAUACUUUUUGAUGUAUUACCACCGUUUCCAGAUUACACUUAUUGCACUGCACUGGCUGAACUGACUCUAGACCCAGUGCAAGCAGUACAGUUAACUGGGUGAACUAGUUCUCUUGCACUGCUAAGAAGAACAGUGACGCUGGCGCUGGUUCUGGUACAAAGAAGGCUUUAGUGUGCACAUCCUGAACUAGUUCUGUCAGUGCAGCUACCAAGAACAAACCUAAUAAAAAAUAAGAAGACAUACGUAAUUAUUUAACCACAAUGUUUAUCUUUUCCUUCCACUACAAGAAACCCAUGUGAAGAUAUUCACGGAUUUCUAUUACGAAUAUUUUUUCACAAAAUAAACUACAUUUUUAAAAAAAAUGUUAAUGGAGAUAAGAUUCUGAACAGAAGGUCCAAAAAAUAAAAAGAAAUUAUUAAAUUAUUACAGAGUUCACUUAAUUAGUAAACAAUUGGCUAAAAAUUGUGGUUCAACUAUUUUUUAUAGCCUCAAAAUUAUAGUUUUCUCUAUCACUUCUCCAAUACUUGUUUAUUCUGAAGGAAUUUUAUUUGGUUUAUGAUUAAAUUUUCUCAAAGCAAAUGCAAAUAAUCAAAACAAUUAGCCUUAAAAAACCAUUUUUGUUACUUCUAUUUUUAUACAACAUAAAUACUAACCAGGAAUUUUUAACAAAUAAAAAAUACAUGAAUAUAUGAUAAAGUAUUAAAAUCAGUAUAGUUUCAAAUUUUUUAUUUUAGAAAAAUUUGGACUAGUGAUACUAAAAAUUAGCUGGACAAUUUUGUAACCCUAUUGAUUUUUAACCCUAGAUAUUUAUAUACAAAUUAUUUAGCAAUACAUUUUUAAUAAAUUUCAAA